CGGAAGAUGUCGCUCAGGCCAGUCCUAAAAAACUUCCGCCUUAAGUUGUAAAAGAAAACACAGCAGCUAAAAGGUAAUCGACGGCAUAAUCAGCCCGUUUAAGAAGUCACACUAAAGGAUCUUGCUACAUCGGAACUCCCGUGGCUUACAGGGUGUGUGUGAGUGCAUGUGUGAGCGUGUGUGAGCUGCAGGGUCCCCUUCACCAUUUUAACAAGAGCUGCUCCUCCCUGGAGGAUGACAAUGGAGGAGAUGAAGAAUGAAGCGGAGACAAACUCCAUGGUAUCCAUGACACUGUAUGCUGUGAUGUACCCGGUUUUCAACGAGCUGGAGAGGAUCAACUUAUCAGCAGCCCAGACACUCAGAGCAGCUUUCAUAAAGGCGGAGAGGGAGAACCCAGGUCUGACCCAGGACAUCAUAAUGAAGAUCCUGGAGAAAAAGAACGUUCAGAUCAACUUCACCGAAUCGCUGCUGCGUAUGGCAGCAGACGAUGUGGAAGAGUUCAUGAUUGACCGGCCUGAGCAGGAGUUCCAGGACCUAAAUGAGAAGGCCAGAGCUUUGAAACACAUCCUUAGCAAAAUCCCAGACGAGAUCAAUGACAGAGUACGCUUCCUACAAACUAUCAAAGACAUAGCUAGCGCCAUAAAAGAGCUCCUGGACACAGUCAACAACGUCAUUAAAAAAUACCAAUACCAGAACCGCAGAGCUCUGGAGCACCAGAAAAAGGAGUUUGUGAAAUACUCCAAAAGUUUCAGUGACACCCUCAAAACAUACUUCAAAGACGGAAAGGCAAUAAACGUCUUCAUCAGUGCAAACCGACUCAUCCACCAAACCAACCUCAUACUGCAGACCUUCAAAACUGUGGCCUAGCCUGCAAAGACCACACAGGGCCUCCCUCGUCCUGUAGGGAGCAAGUGCUUGAGUGAAGCUUGAAGAACGCCUCACCCAUAUAUGUAAAUUAGAGUUGAUUUUAGGGUCGGGGUCAAUUUCAUUGGAGUCGAGAUUCCAGAUUCCAGUUCAAGAGGCUGAAAAGUGCCAUUUGUUUUCUCAAUAAGGAUUUUCCAGUCUUGAAAUGGAACUGAAUGGGCCCCAAAGUUUUUGGUUAAUUGAUUUUUAUUUGGACAGUUUUAAUUUAUAACCCAGGUCUUGUUGGGAAGUGGUGAGGCGAGCUGUUUAUUAAAGACUAAUUGCCAUUUUUCUAAUAUAUUCAUGUCGAUCAUUUAACUUUUAGCUUUUCAGUCAUGGCUACAUCUUGAGACCGCAUUCAAUAGGGGCGGGUUUCGGCCAUCUAUACUGGUUUUCUCUUCUCGCCUCCUAUUUCUGUCGUUUUUGCCAUGGUGUGUACGCCCAGGAUUGACAACAGCACCUGACCGCAGGUGAAACAGCCGUGAGGAGAGGAAGCAGUGUUGGACAUUUGAGAGGCAAACUCAGAUUUAGUUUCUCUUUAUCGUCAAAAGACAGAAAGCCAAAUUACUUCCAGCACAGUGUGCGCCUUACAAAGUCCUAUAACAUUCCCUCCUCUCAGUGCAAUGAAGUGGAGCCGAUCCCUGCUGUUCAAGGGAUGUAGAGAGAAAAAUGAAAGUUCUGUAUUUAACUGAUAUCUGGUUGCAAAUGUUCAAUAAAUAGUUUCCAACUGA